AUGUUGGCUGGUGUACUUGUCGACGUAUCGGGCUCUAUGAAGAGUAGUCUUCAAUUGCAUAUGAAACCGUCCGAUCAAGAUAUUACUCGUGCUCAAUCAAUUUUCACUACCAUCAUGAACAUAGUGAAUCGUGAAGUUUGUUUCCAAGACAGUUACGAAGUGUUCGUGUUAGCAUUUGGAUUGCUAGAUGUUGCUACAUGUGACUUACUCACUUUGCUGGAUUAUGUUCAGACAUUAGAUCUGCAACGUAAUGGCAAUGGUCACGAAAAUCUCCUACUAUUAUUGACAUUCAUAAAAUUCUUAAAUGCUUAUCAAUACAUUCGAGAACACGUGACCGAAAGCGAAGCACAAUUUCUUUUCAAGUUUUAUUCGGAAAACCGUGAGAAGUUACGUCAAAUCUUAGAACAAGUUUUUUUUUCGACAGCAGAUCGCAAGCUCUAUGGUAACGGUCAAAAAGCUCUUAUCGAUUUGUUAAAAUCCAAUAGAGCAUCAAUUGCUGAGGAAUACGUGAGAGAACACAUGACCGAAGAGGAGGCGGGCCUUCUUUACAAAUUCUAUUCAAAGAAGCCCGAUAUAUUACUUGAAUUCGUGGAGGAAUUUGGUUUUUCGGCAUCAGAUCGCUCGCACCAUGGCAGCGGUCAAGAAGCUAUCAUCGAAUUGUUAUCAUUAAAUGGAGCACCAAAUGUUAAAAAAUACGUGAGAAAAUACAUGUCAGAAGAACAAGCACAAUUUCUUUUCAAAUUUUACUCGAGAAGGACAAAAGAUUUAGAUAAGGUUGUGAAAGAUUUGCCAGAUAUAUGCAAGAGAACAUAUUCCUUAACAAAUAUGGGUCUCUUUAUGAUGAAUAUGGGAUCAACUUUCAAAGUUUGUGAUGAUGCAAAUACUGUAGAAGAAAAGGCUACUACAGAAAAGGUUAUGCGUGCAAUAGAGCGUGCAUAUGAUCCUGCAACGAAGCACUUAGCUAUUCUCGUGAAAGAACAUGUCGAUCUUCUGAUAAUAGAUCUCAAACACCUGCUUCGGCAACCAAUUGUGGAAAAAUUACGAACGAUGACAAGACCUGAAAGCAGAACCUUUAAUUCCACCGUGAAUCUGUUGAAACAGGUAACAAACACAUCGUCAGACUCGUCAAAAACUCAGCAAUCUUUAACAUCUGCCCAACUAUCAGCCUUAGCUGAUUCCAUUGAGCCUUUUAUUUACGGAAAUACCCCGAUGUGUCAAGCACUACAAUCUGCUCUCCAUACAUUUUGUUCUGGUACUCAUAAACAAAAAGUUCUUUUUUUACUUUCGGAUGGAGAAUCCACCGAUGGGAAUCCUACACGAUUCGCUCAAGAACUUCGCAAACUAAAUGUGCUGGUCUUCGCUUGUAUUUUGACAUCAAAGAAUAUCUCGAAUCCAAGACAAUUAUAUUAUGAACCCGAUCCGAAUUGGUCAAAAGCACAUCGAGAAAUGUUUGAACUCAGUACUACGGUGGAAAACAGUCAUUCAGCAAUGUCGAUCCUCCAGGAACAGAAGUGGGAUCUACCUCCCGCUGGCCAUAGCCGUCUUUUCGUCCAAGCAAAUCAUCCUGAUGUGAUUAAAGAAUUUUCAAAUAUCAUUCAAUAUAUGUCCGAAAGUAAUGACGUUUUAAUGAAUAUGAUUGGCCGAGUAUCUUUGGAUAUAUAUAUCAAUGCUGCCAAUUCCACCUUUGAAGCAAAAGAACAAACAGAUUUGACUUGUUAUGCUUAUGCAAGUGCCACUGUAUUUCACUUGGCAAUGUGUCGAAUUGAAGGUCGGGAGGAUGGCGUAGAUAAGUUCGAAGACAUCUAUGAAGAGUUGAUCAAUAAAUUCGGUUGCGAACGAGCACUCACCGAAGAAGUUCUGAGGACUUGCGCUCCUACAUAUCGUUUACACAGCAAAGAAGUCGAAGAACUUGGUGCUCGACAAGCGAUCAAUCAACGGAGACCAGUAGUCGCGACAUUUAGAUUGAAUCAGAAACAAUGGGAUGCGUUCACAACAUUUUACGCAGAUGCUCCGCAGGGUGUGUUGGAAGCGAAAGACUUGGGUUUGGCUAGUGUUGGAGACAAAUUAUUUGGGCACGCUGUUGUGUUGAUGAAGUGUGAUCCGACGAGUUUAACAUUCAUUAACUCAUGGGGCACUAAAUUUGCAGAUAAAGGCUUUUUUCGAGUUCGAAACCAAUCAGUAUUAAAUCUGAAAUUCUAUGAUGUUUAUUGGGAUUUAAAUGACUUAACGGCAAAAGAAAUUGAGGCAUUUGAAAGGAAGAGCAGUGAAAAGGGGCAAAAUCUGAUACAAAAACUACCAAUAGGUAUUAAAAAUUUACCCUAUAAAUGUCCUGAAUGCGGUGCCUCUUCGCCAGUGUGGAUGUUCAUAAUAGAUUUCUCGGGGGCAAAAUGCCCGGAAUGCGAUGGACAUUUUAAGCCAACACCAAUGGGAGUCAAUGUUACUGCCUACACUCGUUAG